AUUAGACUUUGUUUUUAUAUUCCCUUUCUCACUUGUCUUUCUCCUUCGCUCUUUCUUCUUAAUAAUUAUUUCACUUUCCAAAAAUAAAAGAGAGAGCCAACAAAGAAAACCCUAAUAAAUCUCUCUCUCUCUCAUCCCCAAACCCUAAGCCAAGCAGCCAUGGCCGAGUCAACUCAGCAGCAGCAACAGCUCCAACAAGCUCAACUCGCCGCCAUACUCGGCCAAGAUCCAGCUCCGUUCGAGACUUUAAUUUCGUCUCUAAUGUCAUCAUCCAACGAGCAAAGAUCGCAAGCAGAGCUCUUAUUCAAUCUCUGCAAACAAACCGAUCCGAAUUCACUAUCUCUCAAGCUCUCUCAUAUCUUACAGUUCUCCCCUCACAUCGAAGCUCGCGCCAUGGCUGCCGUCCUGCUUCGGAAGCUCCUCACCUCACGUGACUCGUCUGACGAGGACACCGCCUCCUAUCUCUGGCCUCGUCUCUCGCUCGCUACUCAGUCGUCGAUUAAAUCCAUUUUGCUCACUUGUAUUCAGCACGAGCAAACUAAAUCCAUUAUUAAAAAGCUAUGCGACACCGUUUCUGAGCUUGCUUCUAAUAUUUUAUUGCCUGAUAGUAAUGGUUGGCCUGAGCUACUGCCGUUUAUGUUUAAUUGCGUGUCGUCGGAUUCUGCUAAGUUGCAAGAAUCUGCUUUUUUGAUUUUUGCUCAGUUGUCUCAGUAUAUUGGAGAUAGUUUGAUUCUUUAUAUUAAAGAGCUGCAUGCUGUGUUUUUACAGUGUUUGAAUUCUUCGCCGAAUUUUGAUGUUAAGAUUGCUGCUUUGAAUGCUGUUAUUAAUUUUAUUCAGUGUUUGAAUAGCUCGGCUGAACGCGAUAGGUUUCAGGAUUUAUUACCUGCUAUGAUGAGAACUUUGACUGAAGCUUUAAAUAAUGGCAAUGAAGCUACUGCUCAAGAAGCUUUAGAGUUGCUUAUUGAGUUGGCUGGUACCGAGCCGAGGUUUCUAAGGAGGCAAUUGGUGGAUGUUGUUGGGGCUAUGUUGCAGAUUGCCGAGGCAGAGAGUUUGGAGGAAGGGACGAGGCAUUUGGCCAUUGAGUUUGUGAUUACAUUGGCAGAAGCCAGGGAGAGGGCACCGGGUAUGAUGAGGAAAUUGCCGCAGUUCAUUAGUAGGAUGUUUGCCAUUUUGAUGAGAAUGUUGUUGGAUGUUGAGGAUGAUCCUGCUUGGCAUAGUGCGGAAAAUGAGGAUGAAGAUGCGGGUGAGACGAGUAAUUAUAGUGUUGGUCAGGAGUGUUUAGAUAGAUUGGCGAUUUCGUUGGGUGGCAAUACGAUUGUUCCGGUUGCUUCUGAGCAGUUACCUGCUUAUUUGGCUGCUCCUGAGUGGCAGAAUCAUCAUGCUGCUCUUAUUGCUCUUGCCCAAAUUGCUGAGGGUUGUUCCAAGGUGAUGAUAAAAAAUCUGGAGCAUGUAGUGUCCAUGGUUCUGAACUCGUUCCAUGAUCCCCAUCCUCGUGUGAGAUGGGCAGCCAUCAAUGCGAUCGGACAAUUGUCUACUGAUUUGGGUCCAGACUUGCAAAAUCAAUACCAUCAAAGAGUGUUACCGGCAUUAGCUUCUGCAAUGGAUGAUUUCCAGAGUCCUCGUGUACAGGCACAUGCUGCUUCAGCAGUGCUCAACUUCAGUGAGAACUGUACUCCAGAGAUUUUAACACCUUACUUAGAUGGAAUAGUGAGCAAAUUGCUUGUACUACUACAGAAUGGAAAGCAAAUGGUGCAGGAGGGGGCUUUGACUGCCUUGGCAUCAGUUGCUGAUUCAUCUCAGGAGCACUUCCAGAAAUACUAUGAUGCUGUCAUGCCAUACCUGAAAACUAUCUUGAUGAAUGCCACAGAUAAGUCUAACCGUAUGCUUCGUGCGAAAUCCAUGGAGUGCAUUAGUCUUGUUGGGAUGGCUGUCGGGAAGGAUAAGUUUAGAGAAGACGCUAAGCAGGUUAUGGAAGUCCUAUUGGCUUUACAAGGAUCUCAAAUGGAGACAGAUGAUCCCACCACAAGUUACAUGCUACAAGCAUGGGCUAGACUUUGUAAGUGUUUAGGACAAGAUUUUCUUCCAUACAUGGCUGUUGUCAUGCCAUCUUUGCUUCAGUCUGCUCAACUCAAGCCAGAUGUAACCAUUACAUCGGCAGAUUCUGAUAACGAUAUUGAUGAUUCAGAUGAUGAAAGUAUGGAGACAAUUACUCUUGGAGACAAGAGGAUAGGGAUAAAGACCAGUGUCCUGGAAGAAAAAGCAACUGCUUGUAACAUGUUAUGUUGCUAUGCAGAUGAGCUUAAGGAAGGUUUCUUUCCGUGGAUUGAUCAGGUUGCACCAACCUUAGUUCCUCUUCUGAAAUUCUAUUUCCAUGAAGAAGUUAGGAAAGCAGCUGUUUCAGCAAUGCCGGAGCUACUACGUUCUGCAAAAUUAGCUGUAGAAAAGGGACUGUCUCAAGGUCGCAAUGAGUCUUAUGUAAAGCAGUUGUCUGACUACAUUAUUCCAGCUUUAGUGGAAGCAUUACAUAAGGAACCUGAUACCGAGAUUUGUGCAAAUAUGUUGGACUCGUUGAAUGAAUGCUUGCAGAUUUCUGGAGCACUUGUUAAUGAAGGUCAGGUGCGAUCCAUUGUGGAUGAAAUAAAGCUAGUCAUUACUGCUAGUUCCAGCAGGAAAGGAGAGAGAGCAGACAGAGCCAAAGCUGAAGACUUUGAUGCUGAGGAAGGAGAAUUGGUUAAGGAGGAAAAUGAGCAAGAGGAGGAAGUUUUUGACCAAGUGGGUGAGAUCCUGGGAACAUUGAUCAAAACAUUUAAAGCUUCUUUCUUGCCUUUCUUUGAUGAGCUAUCAACCUAUCUAACUCCUAUGUGGGGCAAGGAUAAAACUGCUGAAGAGAGAAGAAUUGCAAUUUGCAUUUUCGAUGAUGUUGCAGAGCAAUGUCGUGAGGCAGCUCUUAAAUAUUACGAUACAUUUCUUCCAUUUCUCUUAGAGGCUUGCAAUGAUGAGAAUCCAGAUGUUCGACAGGCAGCUGUAUAUGGACUUGGAGUUUGUGCGGAGUUCGGUGGAUCUGUAUUUAAGCCUCUUGUUGGAGAGGCUCUUUCAAGAUUAACUGUUGUGAUACAAGAUCCCAAUACCAAGAAACCUGAAAAUGUGAUGGCAUAUGACAAUGCUGUUUCUGCUUUAGGGAAACUUUGCCAGUUCUAUCGUGGAAGUAUUAAUUCAGCACAGAUUGUCCCGGCAUGGUUGAACUGUUUGCCAAUUAAAGGUGAUCUGAUUGAAGCAAAAGUCGUUCAUGAACAACUUUGUUCAAUGGUAGAGAGGUCAGAUAGUGAUGUUUUGGGUCCCAACAAUCAGUAUCUACCGAAAAUUGUUUCAGUAUUUGCUGAGGUUCUUUGUGGUAAGGAUCUGGCAACAGAAGAAACUGCAAGCCGAAUGGUAAAUUUGUUGAGACACCUUCAGCAGACUUUACCGCCAGCAACUUUGGCUACAACUUGGUCAUUGUUGCAUCCGCAGCAACAAAUGGCACUGCAAUCAAUUCUAUCAUCAUAAUAAUCUCCACUCUCUGAAAGUAAUAUUUGUUACCCAUUCUUUUGCAUAAGCAUCAUUUGUUUGUUCUACUACAGCGACCUGGCGUCGAGUUGGAUUGAGUGUGAGUGCAUCGUCAUUGAGAUUGGGAUUGGGAUUGGGAUUGAAGUGAAUCCUUUUUGUAGAAUGUGUAUAUUAUUUACAAGUCUCAAUUUAUAGUUCAAAUCAAGUGAGAAAGAAAAGGAAAGUGUAGGUUUACUUCAUUUGGUUUCUUAAUUUUUUCCUUUUUGGGUUGGUGCGUGAGGCAGUUUUUGUCGCAGUUUUGUUCCCAUUAGUGUUUUUGGUCUUUUUAUUGUGGUCAUGUAUGGGUUGGAAUUUUGAAGAUUUGAAAUGUGAUUCUUUCAUUAUAAUGGCAAUUUUGAGUCCUUGUGUUGGUGAAA